GGGGGCCACUUGAAGAGCGUCGCUGCUUGCUCGUUGGAUCACCUGAUCGUGGUCCGCUGGUUGCUGUGUGCGGGAACUGUUUCCUGUCUUCUUCUGAACGCCAUCGGUGCGCGGUCUUUCGGUUUACCGUGCGGUGCUGGGUGACACAUCUGAACGUCACUGACCGUCAGCUCUGCGAUUUCCUAGGAGAGUUUAUCGGAUCACAGGUGUGCGUCGUAAAGCCGCCAUGUUGUCAUCCGCCGACGCCAUCUUGGCCUUCGUCGGCGCCAUUUUGUGCGCCCUGGCCGCAAACGUCUCAUCGUAUCCCUCGAGCCCUGUCUACGGCCGGCUACAGCGGAACGCCGCAUCCUAUGCCGAAGGCCAGUACUCCCACUCGGACCCUAACUACUACGCGCUGCUCCGAGGCGACAUGAACCUAGGCGCCCCAGCGUCAUCUCCAGACUGGGGUCAGUUUCUACCGUCUCCAUGGACAGCUGGAGUGGACGCCUACGGUGGAGCAGGUUCGUCCGUGGUCUUGCCAGCGGUCGCCCCCCAGUACGACGACUACGCCGACGAGUACGACUCAAGCGCGACCGGCAUCCAAUUCCCGCCUGGCGCGUCUCCCAACUUCGGCUACGACUGGUACGAGGCCCAGGCACAAGCCGAACAGCAGCAGCAGCAGCAGCAGGCUCAGUUGGAACAGCAAGAACUGCAGGAAGCGGCCGUCUUCAAGGAUCUCCUCGCCAACUACUUGAGCAAGAAGUCGGAAGCCGGCGUCUUCGUCGUGAGAGACUCCGAGAAGAGAUCCGAGACGGCGAAGAAGUACACGGCGGCGUCCGCGGGCGCGAGGGCGACGAGCACCACCGCUAGGCCUAACGUGGCGGUCCUGACGGCGCCCCGCGACAAGGGAGCCGCUGCGCCCGAGCAUGCGCCCUCGUUGUCAGUGACGUCAUCUCCGGUGCCGCAGCCAACGGCCUCAUCGCCAGCGCCUGCACAUCCGGCUCCUGUCAGUCAGGAAGGCGGGCAGAAGGAGUACGCCAUGUUCCGACCGGUGGGCACAGCCGAGAGCAGAAGGCCAACGUUCUGGCGCGGAGGAGCCAAAGCAGGAGCAGCUGCCGCGCACGGAAAGGUGACAAGGUCGAGGUUUGGUCGCUUCGCCGAUGACAGCCUGACCGAGGAACUGGACCAGCUGAAAUCGCAGUAGUCGCAACGUAAACGUCAUCACCUCCCGAGUGCCCGCAAGCGACGCCACGCGGCCCUUCCGAAAAGUAUGGCAGGCCCCUGAUUUUCCCGUCGUGGCAGGCAACAACCUUUGCCGGAGACGACCAGCCGAUACAUCAGUGUGGUCUACUUCACCAUCAAGCCAUAUAUGCUUUAUGUAAUAUAGCGUGCCAACUGAUUUGCGGUUGGCGCUGAUGCUCCUUCUUGAAUGUGUAUCACUCUGAAAGACCUUGUAUAGGGCAGCAAAAUAGCUGGCUGAUGCGUGCUCCCCUGCUAUUUCGAGGUAUACGUGUGACAUGCACCUAGUGUCUUGUAUGAGGUGAAAAUCCUAUAAGCUUCGUUUCACGAAGCCUAAAUUUCAAUGCUGGAGCGAACUGCUUGUACAGUGAUGGAGACGAUUUCUAUGUAGUGAGAUCUAUUACGAUCAGUGCUUUAGGUUAAGGUUUACUCCUCCUUGAGCACUUGUUCAGUGAUUCAGACUGCGCAUUGUAUAAUUGCAGGGAUGACUGGUGAAUACGUGUGGCAACACUGUGCCAUAUUGACAUGGUGUUCGAAAUUCUUGUAUCUCAAAAACAAUGUUUUUUUUUAUGACGCUUGGACACGCGUACUAGGAUGAAAAGAGAGGAAAUCUUACUGCAAACUUCCUUCGCAUCACAAAAUGCACGCAGUUGCAACGUUAAUAAAACGUUGCAUGAGCGGAACUCUCCCUCUAUGGUAACAUAGCCGUUCACCAGUCUGAGUGGGCCUUAAGUUAAAUGAGCUAUACUGUGAUUGGUCAUUUCGAGAACUGUCUGUUACGAUGUGCAAUCGCCAGAACUUGACAGAACCAAAGAGUAUGAUACUUAAGGUUUAAGUUUAUGAUUAAACAUCAGUGAACAGGAAGCAUGAACAGAUAGUGUGCUCAGUUUAGAGUGUAUUUUGGUGCGUUUUACUUUGAGUGCCGUGAACCGUAAAUGCUUCACAGGACACGAUGAAGGAGGGAGGACGUUUGAUUCCUUAAAUAUGCCGGGAGACACUUUAUCAUCAGCACAGUAUGAAACGCGGACACAAAAUCACCUGAUCAGAACGCCCUUGGAGCGUAAUAAUAUAGAAGUACGACUUGUGUUCUCUGUGUAGCUGAUUCAUAAGCAUUGAGUAUUCUCAAAUGUACAUUUUGGAGUCCAAAUUAAGCCCCUGUUACAAAUGAAUGCCAGCAUGUAAACACAACGGCGCAUUCGAGUCGUUAUCAAAACUUAGCGUUUGAAUUUGUUCUGACAACACAGCGUUUGGCAGUUAUUCCACUGAAAUUGCAGAGGAAUGCGAAUGGCGCUUUUUGAGGCCGACUAUUAGGACGCAACUCGCCUCCCUGCUCCAGAUUCGUGAGCUUCGUCGGAGACUUGAACAGACACAAACGACGCUGGUUUCAAGCAGACUUGAAAGAGCUGUCCCCAGCUUAUCUAAACGUCACCCACGUGAAAUUUCUUAAUUAGUCAAAACGAAGUGUCUCUCAUAUUUUUGCAGACGGUUAUCGUGGAGACGCCAACGGCUCAAUAUAUCUUUCUACAACGUUUUGUUGUGCCAAACCUCUCCGACACCCCAAUGAUCGGUGUACCUGAGUUCUAUCAACACUCCCUUCAACUGUAACAAUGGGUUCACUUCUCCGCCAUGUUUUAUUCAUCUCUCAUAAAACGGCGCAGGAGGAACUUAAGAGCCGAAGACAAUACGUUUCUGAGCGCAUUUUAAACUGAGGUGCUAGAACUCGAUUACUAGUGGUGCGCCGGUGUAAUAAAUGUGUGACGUCCACACCAACCAACCGUAGGGUAUGGUAAAUUAGGAGUUACGGAAUCUCUCUGCGGCUGUUCAGCGACUAGCAAUGCGGGCACAAUCCCGUCCCCGAUUUGAUUUAGGCGACCCGCGCAACCAUCAAAGUGUCCCUGUAUAAUUUUUGAGAAAGCAUAGAUAUUUAGUGUAACGCUCUCAUAGAAGUGCCGAGUUGUGUUAGACGAAGUGUCAUCUUUGAACUUUCGAUGAAGCCCGUAUCGAAAAAGACAGUGCUUAUUUUUUCUAAAUCAGUAAAAAUGAAAAAAAAAGGUUUAGAGAAGGGACGCUCAAACACUUUAAAGCAGGCGACAAAGCCUUCACCCUUUACAGCGCUUUUGCGUAUAGAGAGUUUGCGUUUCACGCCGUUGUCAACUUUUCGUGGUUGGCCUCUGUUGAUGUUUGUAGGUGAACUUUGGUGUAUUCCCGGUUAUGAAAGGUGAUGCGUGCACUGUGAAGAUAUGAUAUCUAUAUUAUAGGCCAAUUCAAGUGUGACAUUGCCGCAUCCUCACAGGUGCUUCCUCUGUCUGCUCGAUCACGUGGCUAGCUCCUUUGACGAACACGAAGGAAUCUUUUCACGCAUCCUCUUCGAAUUUGUUUGGGCUUGCGUUGGUUAAUUUGAUAUCACUAGGCAAGGGAAUCAGUAAACAGAAAUGUUAGAACAGAGAAAGGUUGCGCUGUUGCAUUUCACCGAGAGCUUAACUGUUAGGUCAACGUUCUGUAGUUACCGAUGAAGAUAUCGCGAGUGGUCAUUGUUUGUUUGUUGAUGUGAAUCUUUCUAUUACUGAGCUGUAUAUAGUAUUACGCUGCAUUUAACGUGUGCGAUUGCAGGAUUUAGUUGAAGCAUGGUUAAAGUCUUCCUGAAAAAAAGAUUACUGUAUAGUUGAGUAUAAAGAUGAAAGAAUGUUGGUGCUUAUAAUCGAGACAUGCAGAACCGCAAAUUUUAUUUUCAGAAAUUUCGUAGUAUAAGCGUGCUGAGUUGGUGUUCCGCAAUUAGCAACUAGGCUAGAGCACCAAAUUAAGGCCUCAGAGUGUUCCAAGAGAUUGUGCAGAACAGAUCUAAUUAGCAUAUACUAGAACCAAUGUGGUAGUUAUUGAGUGACAUGUUGUACGCAGAUGCAGUAUAGCGAUAUUUAUCGAGUAGUUACGAAACAAGAACAAGAGCAGUUACUACCAAGAACCACUAUAACUAAACAAGACAAUGCAGAUUGUCUGUGCAUUUUGUCCCUUCGAGUUACUGGUUGCAGCUCGUGGAUACUGCAGGUUGCGAAGAACCUGCGAUGAUAAACAUGGCAGGCUGUUAAAACUGUAUCUAAACAACCUUGUUCCACCAUGAAUGUCAUCCCGUAUGUUGUGAUCCGUGUUGUAAUCUCCACCGCCUUCAUCUUAGAGACCAAAGUGAGACUUAGUAGCAGCCUCAUCAAAGACUGUACCUACGCCUAAAUGCGGCCGAGUCUGUUACCCGUAGGUGAUAUUGUAAAUAGGCAUGGUGUGUGUAUCGUGCAUUUAUCUACGAGCGUGGCUGGAGGGCUGAGAUUGUUAGCUUAUCGAAAUAGUAGUUGUACAUUUCUGAGAAUGUUAGAAAAUAUAUACGCUCAUUUGUUGUGGCUAUUUGCGGACACGAAGGGUUACAGCCGUCACACAGACGCUGCUAGAUACGAUGCCAGGUGCUUGAAUGAAAGUUCGUUGCCGAUACGAAGAGCAAUCAGGGAUGUGGCGAAAACAUACAAGCAAGAAAACCGGACAUGGCGCAAGUAUGUUUUCGCCUGGCUAGAAAUAAAAAAAAAACUUUGGAACGAUGAAUUAUCUCAGAAAAGUGAAAUAUGCCAGUCAUCCAGGGACCUAGGCUUGCUAUCCCUAAAAGUAGUUUGUACUAGAACUGUUAGUAAGAAGACGUGCAGACCAAUUGUGAAGCGAACGUAAAUCUGGCUGAUGCGAUCAACGUAGAAUAUGUUUUUAGGACCUAAUUGCUUACUGAAUGAGACCCUAGAUCUUCUAACUCAACGCAUUUGGUCCUGUGAUUUAAACAUAAAGUAACAGCACUCUUUCAAAUUGGUGCUAAGCAUCAACUUGGGUUUAUCGGGUGACGACAGCUAACUCAUCUUUGACGAGAUAACAUUUACGGUCUUCUGAUGCUGCAGGGUAAAGUAAAUAUGUCAGCAUAAAACAGCUAAGUUCCUCCUAAAACCCCUAGAUACGCAGUUAAAUAUUUUUGAAAGUCUUGAAUGUAAUUGUGGCGAAAAUCAUGCUGAAUUAGUUCCGUAGCUUUUCUUAAACUCAGUAAAGAGAUGCAAAAAAAAACCUAAUGAAAACACAAGACAUUGAAAAAUCAUAAGCAAACCCUACACUUCCCAAAGUUUACGCAACAUCGGAUACGCAGACAUGAGCAGCGCGGUUGGUGGCACCAUCUGGUGUCACGGAGUUGACCAAGAGCACAGAGAACUGUAAUCGGAACCACCAUCUCCUAUUUAGUUGCUUGUGCAAACUCUUUGGUAGCCGCAUUGAUUGGUCUAUAGUGGCCAUCUUUGUUCCCUCUGUCUAGAACACCCAUGGGACAAACAUUUCCAACGCGUUGGGACUCAAUAAAGUGUUACAUGAUGUCACUACUAGGGCUACUGUUUCCAUAUAUUUUCCGGUAUUCUGUAAACUGCGGUGGUAUAAAAUUAUAUCCUCUCCCUCAGGCGUGAUGUUCACGGAAUACCUGAUCAUUGGAAAUCUUGACUACAGUAACAAAGCUGCUAGCAACACCGUGUGGCGUUUUCGCCAAUUAGAACUCCUUAGAAACAAUUCUUGCGUUAUAUUACUCUUCUUGAUGAAAGCAAAUUACAAAAAAAAGGCUGGAUCUCAACAAUUAUGUCCCUGCGGGCGCUUUACAACAGUGGAUAGCUUGUCGCUGUAAUGAAGCGGUUUUCUCUGGUUACUUUUUGCGCUACAAGUUAGCACCACCAACUCGACUGCUCCGACAUUCCGUAAACUGCAGAACGUUUAUAAACAGGCUAAUAUGGGAAGGCUAAACCUGUCUGGUUUUGAACUGUGCACGGAAAUGGGGUUGUCUCCUUGUUAACAUUCUACCCGCCACAGACUGCGGAGGAACGUAGCGUGUGUGUUUGUAACUCAAGCUUGUCACGUCAAGAACUGAAUGACGACAUUGUUUGAGUGUAUGUGCCCUGUAAGUCGUGUAAACGAGUGCAAUGUUUUGUACAGCGAUGGUCACAUUCAUGUUUCACGUAGAGUAGAUUCGAGUGUGCGUCCGAGUGUUACAGUGAGUCUCGUGUAAAAAAAAAGUGCUAAAUGAGACACACGAGGGUCACUAUGUGCCCAUGAGUCAGAGAAAGAGUGUUACACUUUCCCUGUGUUAUACUAGAGAGACGUGUGCAGUUUGCAUAUCUACUGGCUCAAUAUUUCUUUUUCUUGGUGUACGCGUGCGCGCGUGUGUUUAAAUGCGCUCGCUCGCUCGCGUCUCAGCCUGCCCAUUUUGGGCGUGAUGACCAUAAAUAACGAGAGAGGUUGUUUAUCUAAGAAUCGCUGGUGUAUAACCGGCAGGAAGAAGCAAGACAGUGGUAUAUGUAUUGCGGAUGAAGAGCUUAACAAUCUGGCAGUUCUAGCUAGAUGGUAUUUCACGACUAAAGUUUACUUCGCUCACAGAAACUACGGACACAAAAAUGACAAGACAAACACAAGCGUAAUGAGCAUUUGAAACAACUUGAAAGUAAUGCUCUGUGUGGUUAAAAUUAUUUCGGCAACAGUGGAUUAUAGUUCGGCUUUGUCCUCUGCGAUUCAUACUGAAAGCGGGGGUACUAUCGAGGAGUUCUUACGGGCAGUUUUAACCUUCCUUCAAGUAUGAACCAACGGGCCUGCAAGAACGUUCCACUAGGUAAUCGAAAGAAAGGGUAAUUUAACCUGUUGCUCGUUAGGUUUAUUAUGAAAAAAAAAUAUCAACCUAAAAUACUGAGAGCUUUUCUGUUCUUGCGAGUUCGAGAUCGCUAGAAAAUGUCUAAACAUCCCACGUGUCCGUAGUUUCGCGGUAACUGUUGAAUAAUGCUCCCUUUUGGUCAAGGGUAGUGCGACAUUAGGCCCGAGAAGAAUACCAAAUGAGACAAGUUUUCGCACAGUACCACUGAUAACACUGUCCUGUUUCAUCUCCUGCAAGCGCUUCUUUUCAUAGAAGCCCAAGUGUAACACUAAGAAACCUGAUUCCUGAUUCCUAGCGUGAACUGUCGUGAUCCUGUGUGGCUCCCGUCGGCGAGUGGGAAAUCCGGUUCAUUUUAUUCUCGUCGACGACUCAUCUGAGGACGGUGUGAUAUAGGUGUGCUUAUCUUUAGAUUUUCGCAUUAUCUCUCUCUAUCUAUCUUUCUACGGCGAGUAAUCUCUUUCGACGUUUCGCGUUAAGACACAGGCGAUUGUAAAUUCCACCAAGGUGUGUUCACGGAACCACAAUCUUUGCCACUUCUCGACUCGAACGAGAAGAUGUGUGAAUACAUGUUUCUCCCCAAUCUUAGCGCUAGUCAGCGUAUUCAGCGUUGACGGCCAACUUUUCCUGGACUGUCUGCCUGCUUAGGCGUCUGUCUCUGUGCAUAGGGUUAACCAGGGCUUCGGAGUGCAUCAGCGCUAGGCUGUUCAAGUUGCGAAAUUUUGUCACAACCACAAUCAAAGGCUUCGGCUGCCAUCAGCAUUUACUUUGGUGCCAAUGACGGGGUGGCCUUUAGCGAGCAAUCGCGAUGAAGUAGGUUUUCAUUACGGGAGUGGUCUCGUCAUAAAUUUUGCCCUACUUUCUGGCAGCGUUUCAAAAUAAUGGCGGCUAAUCAUGCCACCUGCCAUGGCAAAUAGUUACAGGAAAUUCCCAUUUUUUAUUCACCCCUGGAACUUCGGGUGAUACGAGGUUCUGAGCUGCAAUCUAUACAUAUUAAUUCUGCCCUGUGGCUAGGUGUACAAUAGAAGGCAUUCUCUGAUAUCCAUAAUUUACAGUUGAAACUCCUCUGUUGGACCUGGUCACGUGACUUACUUGCACAGCUCGUUUUCACUCCGCAGCCCUGGUUUCAAAGUGAUCGUAUCGCAUUUUUGAGCACUGUGUAGAUAUAUGAAAAAAAAAAAAAUGUCACCUAAGACUUCCUGAGAGACCGUGCCUGCAUGUAUCAUCUCGCUCUAUUGUACCGAACAAGCCCUACCGUGAAUCAUUCUCUGUAUAUUUUUUUUGCACCAAGCCCUGUAGAAGAGCGCGGCGGGAAUGUGUUCCCGUAGGUGUGCUACCUGCCGAACCAUUUGUACAUAAAUCGAGGAAUUAUUUUCAAUAAAAAAUGUCACACUCAUACAA